AGUCCUCUAAUUCAAGGUAGUCUGAGUGGAGAAAGUAAUGAAGAUGGAAGGGGUUGAUGUUGAAUUAUUGAGCAGAUUUAUAGAGUAAGUGAACGCCGUUUACUCGUCUAGUCGGAGCGAUACAAGACGACGAUAGUGGGAAAUUGACAGAUAGCAUGCGAGUAGAAGUGACUCCACUGCAGAGGAGGGAAGAUGUUGGCUAUGGACCAAGGAGUGGUGGAGGAAUGGCUGUCAGAGUUUAAGACCCUCCCUGACAGUGCUGUGUCCAACUAUGCCGCAUCGCUGAAAGACAAAGGCGCCUUGGUUCCCGCACUCUACAAAGUCAUACGAGAGAACUACAGCGACCUGCUGGAACCCGUGUGCCACCAGCUGUUUGAGUUCUACCGGAGCGGCGAGCCGCGGCUGCAGCGUUUCACCCUGCAGUUCCUCCCAGAGCUCCUGUGGAGCCUGCUGUCCGUCAGUGCUGCCAGGGACCCCCACACCUCUGGCUGCAUCGAGGCUCUGUUGCUGGGCAUUUACAACCUGGAGAUAGCUGAUAAAGAUGGACAAAGUAAAAUAUUAUCCUUCACCGUCCCUUCCCUCUCCAAACCCUCAGUAUAUCAUGAGCCUUCAACCAUAGGCUCCAUGGCCCUGACAGAAGGAGCCCUGGCCAAUCAUGGGCUGAGCAGGGUGGUGUACAGCGGGCCUCACCUCCAGAGAGAGACCUUCACAGCUCAGAACAGAUUUGAGGUGCUGACCUUCCUGCUGCUGUGCUACAACGCUGCCCUCAGCUACAUGACCUCAUCGUCCCUCCAGUCACUCUGCCAGCUCAGCUCCAGGGUGUGUAUAUGUGGUUACCCGCGGCAACAGCUGCGGCGCUACAAGGGCAUCAGCACACGAAUGACGGUCACAUCAGAGUUCCUGGUCCAGCUCAUCACAGGGAUACACUAUGCCUUGUGUAACGGAGAGGUGGAGCUGGGAUCCAAAGCGCUGGAUGACGUUCUGUACCGGGCCCAGCUCGAGCUGUUCCCUGAGGCGCUGUUGGUGGGUAAUGCCAUCAAGUCAUCGCUGCAUGGCCAAGCACUGAAGAGCAACACCAAGCAGGGAGCGCGGAGCAUCCAGGUGGAGAUCACACCCACCUCCUCCAGGAUCUCCCGCAAUGCAGUCACCUCGCUUUCCAUCCGGGGCCACCGCUGGAAGAGACACGACGCAGUGGAUCUGGGUUCCCCGGACGAGCUGAUGGAGAUCUCGGAGGUGGAUGAAGGGGUAUGGCCAGGCGGGGCAGGGCCUGACAUGACUCCGCCCACCAUCACUAUCAGCAACAGCGUCACCACGGCAAGCCUGGGAGCUAAGGCCAUGAAAAAGUGCCGGCUUGGUGGGCGCACCAGCAAGGACAAGGACAAGGAGGCGAGCCUGUCAAUCACAGGUCGGGCCGCCAGCGAGAAUACAGAGCUGUCCAUCAAGCGGCUGACGCUCACCUCCAGCCAGUCGGUGCCCAAGGCAGGGGCUCUCAGCAGCCUGACACGCACUGCCAGUGCUGUCUUCUCCCGCUCCUUUGAGCAGGUCGCAGGCAGCAAUGCCCCUCCCUCCGGCAACCACACUGCUUCUGAAGCAGGCCGCUACUCCUGCAGCCUGCAGGAAGAUGGGCUGGGGUACCUGAGUCCUGUGUCUAACCACACGCAGCGCUCGCCCAGCAUCAGCGUGCACCUUGGCUCUGACCUUUGAACCCCUUAUGACUCGUAAUUACCUUGAGCCCUCACUUCUGAUCAUGUGACCCUGUACCUGUGACCUGGAGCUCCAAGCCAUGCCAAUUGCAGUGGACCACAAACUCAUGAACGUACACUCUUCUUGUCUCCCUUGCAGCUCAUUUUCAGUGUCCUUCUCUCUCUCUGUAUUAUAAACCAGACCCACUGCCCCACUCCGUUCAGCCCUCCAUUGCCCAGCUGCCCUGUGCUCCUCUCCCUACGUGAGAAGGCUCCUCUGGGCUUGAUGGAGGCAGGAAGUCUGGGUCAACACUCCCAACUUCUCUGAACUACUAGUGCACUGCUGCCUUCAAAUUGUGCCAGGAUAGAGCAGCCAGUCAUAAAUAAGUGAGAAAAACAGCAGCAACCAGUGCACUAAACGCAUAAAAUUACUAAAAAAAAAAAAAAAGACUGUCGAAGAGGAUUUGGAAAAUGGAGUAUUUUAAGAGACAUUUGUUGCCCCGCAUGGCUUCUCCAUACAUCCAUCCUUACCAUGCCCCAGUUUGUCAGUGGGCAGUUAUUGAGUACGUAUGAAUGUGCUUGAGUGUGUGUACUGUAUGUGUGUAUGUACAACUGUUUUUAGAAUAAAGGCUGCUGAUUGAUUCGAUGAACAAGGUAUGAUUCUCUUAAAUGAAACUAUUGUUUCUAGUACAUUUUUUUAAUAAUGAAUCCCUUCCCAUAGCAAUACCAGUCCCCUCUGCUAUUCAGCAUAUUCCAUCUUUUGGAGAGUUUGGACAGCCUCCUCUGUUCACACUCCUGCUAUUGUGUAAACUGUUAAAGCAACACUUCGCACAAAAUCUGCAUUCUUCCCAAAAACAGAGUAAUAACCACUAAAACGAUCAACCUUGAUAAUAAUAAUAGGUUCUUGUGUUUACAAUCGGACAGUAUUGUCAUAAUGUGUAAGCAAUAUCUGUGUCCUUCCCUCUCGCUCCUCUUGCACCUUUUCUGAGUUGCUGCAUCUCUGAUGGCAAAAUAAAAAUCCAAGUUCUUGCACUUGACAAGGACAUGUUUUGAUUUAGGGGAGGAUGUGUGUAUGGUGUGUGAAGUGUUGAAUUUUGCACUUGAAAGAGGAAGAAAGUUGUAUUUUAAUUGUAGGUAUUUUCUUAUACAAUGAAACAGAGGCUUGACUCUGAACUGUGGCAUUUUCCCAUGAGAAAGAGCUGUGUUUUUUUCCUCUGUAUUGGUUCCCACAGUGUUAAAGGACACAAGUAAAACUGUAUGUGAAUGACUCCGGCAUUCAGCCACAGUUGCUAAAAGUUUGCCCCAUAAACCCCAGUCAACUCUUAACCUUAAAUUAGUUACACAAUCCCAAAAGAACUGGAUAGAUCCAGGUAAUGUUAUGUCCAACUGGCUUCACCAAGAUUGGCACAAAAAAAUUUCUAGUAACGAUACAGUCUUUUCAGAUGCUUUCUGAAGUGUGAGGGAGUGCGAGGCAACAAGGCAUCUUGACUCUCUCCCUCAUUCUGUUCCAAACUCCAUUUCAGAUGUUAGUGGUGGUUAAAAUGAUGUGUUUCCAAAGUCCCUUCAUCUUGUUCAUUCUGUCACAGAACAUGGUGGUAUUCAACUGUAACGAAAAAAAAAGAAAAAAGAAAUCAAACCUCACCCAUCUGCUGCAUUCAGUGUCCUCAAGUAAGUGUCUGCCCUGCCCCCUGCCCCUCCCCCUUAUGUAUAAGCAAAAGUGUAUUCUGUUGUUAUGUGUAAUAGAGCUGUUAAGUGUCCAUUGUUUGGUGGAACAGUAACAAUCAUCCUGUUUCUGUACGUGGGUUUACAUAGUGUGGAAGGGUAAGCUCUCAUUGUACAUCAUACUGUACUAAAGUUGGUUUAUUUUGGCCUUUUUUGUCUGAAGAUAACUCAAUGCUAGAGCUUCUUUCUGGGAAUAAAGUGUUUCUAUAUUUCA